ACAAAAAAAAAACAAAAAAAAAUUGAAAAAUUCUCAACAAAACUUUAAAAAAAACAAAAAAAUCCAAAAAAAUCGUAAAAUUAAAAAAAUCACUUAUUUGGCUGUGUGAAAAAAAUACCGAAAAAUACAUAAUCGCUAAUAUUUUGAAAAAAAUUCAUUUUCAACAAAAAAAAUAGUAAAAUCUUUAUAAAAUCCAAUCUUGAAAAAAAAUUGAAAUCAAAAUGAACAAUUCUACAACAACAGCGGCACCAGCAGCAGCACCAACUGCAGCCACCACCACCACCACAAGUACAAACAGUUCUGCAAAUCAUUAUCCUAUUGCAUCGUUGUAUGUUGGCGAUUUAGCUCCUGAUGUUACCGAAGCUGUAUUGUUCGAAAAAUUCUCCAGCGUUGGUCCUGUUCUUUCUAUUCGGGUUUGCCGUGAUAUUAUCACUCGUCGUUCAUUAGGCUAUGCCUAUGUUAACUAUCAGAAUUCAUCGGAUGCUGAAACCGCUAUCGAUACAUUGAAUUUCGAACGUUUGAAUGGCCGACCUAUUCGUAUCAUGUGGUCACAACGUGAUCCAUCUCUUCGACGAUCUGGUGUUGGCAACAUUUUCAUCAAGAAUCUGGAAAAAUCUGUUGACAACAAAGUUUUGUUCGAUACUUUCUCCUAUUUUGGAAACAUUUUGUCAUGCAAGAUUUCUUAUGAUGACAAAGGGCAAUCAAAAGGUUAUGGUUUUGUACAUUUUGAUUCGGAAGAAACAGCUCAGGCUGCCAUUAGCGGAUUGAAUGGAAAAGUUAUCAAUAAUAAAAAAAUUUAUGUCGGCAAGUUUAUCUCGCGUAAAGAACGUGAACACAAAUUGGGUACACCGCGGCGAUUCACCAACAUCUAUAUCAAGAAUCUGAGCGAUGAAUAUGAUACGGAUGAUAAAGUAAGAAACUUGUUCGAACCUUUUGGCUCAAUUACAUCUGCUGUUGUAACCAAAGAUGAUGAUGGAAAAUCUAAAGGUUUUGGUUUUGUUUGUUUCGCCACUCCGGAUCAAGCUGAACAAGCUGUUAAUGCAUUGAAUGGCAAAGAUAUGGGCAAUGGCAAACAAUUGUAUGUUGGUCGUGCACAAAAAAAAGCUGAACGUGAAGCUGAAUUGAAACGAAAAUUGGAAUUAUUGAAAAUCGAAAGAAUUAAUCGUUCCCAAGGUGUCAACUUGUAUGUGAAAAAUCUUGAAGAUUCGGUCAAUGACGAAAGAUUGCAAAAAGAAUUUAGUGCUUAUGGUACGAUUACAUCAGCCAAAGUUAUGACCGAUGAAAAAGGACGAUCAAAAGGUUUUGGCUUCGUUUGUUUUUCCACACCCGAAGAGGCGACCAAAGCUGUUACCGAAAUGAACAAUCGUAUCAUCGAAUCGAAACCAUUGUAUGUUGCAUUGGCACAACGUAAAGAGGAUCGUGAAGCACAGAAAUUGAAUACAAUGCGAUUUGGCGCUCCAAACGCUCGUUUACAUCAACCGAUGCCACCACAACCUGGCCAUCCUCAUCAUCCGCUUGCUCCAGCACAGAUGCCAUUUGCUAAUCCUGCUUCAUUGGCUGGAUUUGCUGGUCUUCAAGGUCAACCCGUGCAAGGACCACAAUCACAGCCUUACUUGUUGCCAAUAGCACCGAAUGCUCAUAUGCAACGUGGUUAUUACCCAUCGAAUGGACCAGCUGCUAUGCCACCAGGAAGCCAAGGACCUCCAGGCGGUAUUCGUAUGGCUCGAUGGAAUACAAAUGCCGGCAUUCCCCGUGGCCAAAUGUCUUACAACCAACAAGGAUUUCAACGAAAUAUGCCACCACGUGGACAACAUCAAAAUAUGCCUCGUCCUGGAGUUGUGCAAGGACCUGCUUCUAAUCAAGGUGGUCCUAGACCAUAUGUUGGUGGUCCUGUUACCGCAAACGGUGCUGUUAAUGUUCGUGGUCAAGGUCGUGGACCGCAAACUGGAAUUCGUGGCCCGAGCAAAUCGAUGGUAGCAACACCCGGUGGUCAACCGUUGCCAUCACAUGGCGUACAACAGGCACAUCUCGCUCCGAUACCGAUUUUGGCCGAACAAUCAGGCGAGGAUCCAACACAGUUACUUGGUGAACGAUUGUAUCCAUUGGUACAAAAAUUGCAACCAGAAUUGGCAUCCAAAAUCACUGGCAUGUUGCUCGAGAUGGAUAUACAGGAAAUUAUGCAUAUGCUUGAUAAUCAAGAAAGUCUUCGUUCUAAAGUUGAUGAAGCAUUAGCCGUAUUGCAAGCUCAUCGUGCCAAAGAAAUGGUUAAAAAGGAAUGAAUUGAUCGAACAACGACCAUCGGUACACAGCCAAAUAACUAAAAAAAUGCAGAGAAACUAAAACCGUAACAAUCCUUCCUUUAAAUACCACUGAUGAUGAUGAAAAAAAAUUCUUUUAAACCUGAAUACACACACA